GGGCCUCGGGGGCGGGGCAGCGGCUCCUGUCAGCGGGUGAAAUGGCAGCGGCGGAGCCGGCGGCGACCGCGGUCCCGGGGGGCGGCUGAGGGGGGCCGGGCCGGGCCGGGGCUGCGGGGCGAGCGACGCGGCGGGGAUCCGGCGGCGCGGCCCGGGACGGCGAGACUCGGCAUGGCGAUGGCGGCGUGCUCUUCACAGACAGUGCUGUGACCUGGCCCUGCUCACAGCUGAGGAGCCUGACCGCCAUGGCGAGCCCCACUCUGAGCCCUGACUCCUCAUCCCAGGAGGCCCUGUCAGCCCCCACCUGCUCUCCCACCUCCGACUCCGAGAACCUCAGCCCCGAUGAGCUGGAGCUGCUGGCCAAGCUUGAAGAGCAGAACCGGCUACUGGAGGCCGACUCCAAGUCCAUGCGCUCCAUGAAUGGCUCCCGGCGGAACAGUGGCUCCUCGCUGGUGUCCAGCUCCUCAGCCUCCUCCAACCUGAGCCACCUGGAGGAGGACACGUGGAUUCUGUGGGGCCGGAUCGCCAACGAGUGGGAGGAGUGGAGACGCCGGAAGGAGAAGCUCCUGAAGGAGCUGAUCCGCAAGGGCAUCCCGCAUCACUUCCGGGCCAUCGUCUGGCAGCUCCUGUGCAGUGCCACAGACAUGCCAGUCAAGAACCAGUACUCAGAGCUGCUCAAGAUGUCGUCCCCCUGCGAGAAGCUCAUCCGCAGGGACAUUGCCCGCACCUACCCAGAGCACGAGUUCUUCAAGGGCCAGGACAGCCUAGGCCAGGAGGUCCUCUUCAACGUCAUGAAGGCCUACUCGCUGGUGGACCGGGAGGUGGGCUACUGCCAGGGCAGCGCCUUCAUUGUGGGCCUGCUGCUCAUGCAGAUGCCUGAGGAGGAGGCCUUCUGUGUGUUUGUGCGGCUGAUGCAGGAGUACCGCCUGCGGGAGCUCUUCAAGCCCAGCAUGGCCGAGCUGGGGCUCUGCAUCUACCAGUUUGAAUACAUGCUACAGGAGCAGCUCCCGGACCUGAACACCCACUUCCGCUCCCAGAGCUUCCACACGUCCAUGUAUGCCUCGUCCUGGUUCCUCACGCUCUUCCUCACCACCUUCCCACUGCCUGUCGCCACCCGUGUCUUUGACAUCUUCAUGUAUGAGGGCCUGGAGAUCGUCUUCCGGGUGGGCCUCGCCCUGCUGCAGGUGAACCAGACGGAGCUGAUGCAGCUGGACAUGGAGGGGAUGUCCCAGUACUUCCAGAGGGUGAUCCCCCAUCAGUUCGACAGCUGUCCAGAUAAGCUGAUCCUCAAGGCUUACCAGGUCAAGUACAACCCCAAGAAGAUGAAGAGGCUGGAGAAGGAGUACGCGGCCAUGAAGAGCAAGGAGAUGGAGGAGCAGAUUGAGAUCAAGAGGCUUCGGACGGAGAACCGGCUCCUGAAGCAGCGGAUCGAGACCUUGGAGAAGGAGAGCGCUGCUCUGGCUGAUAGGUUAAUACAGGGGCAGGUGACGCGCGCACAGGAGGCGGAGGAGAACUACGUCAUCAAGCGGGAACUGGCUGUGGUGCGGCAGCAGUGCAGCUCGGCAGCCGAAGACCUGCAGAAGGCGCAGAGCACCAUCCGGCAGCUGCAGGAGCAGCAGGAUAACCCACGCCUCACCGAGGACUUUGUGGCCCAUCUGGAGACGGAGCUGGAGCAGUCACGGCUUCGGGAGACUGAGACCCUGGGGGCUCUUCGGGAGAUGCAGGACAAGGUUCUGGACAUGGAGAAGAGGAACAGCUCGCUGCCCGACGAGAACAACGUAGCUCGGCUUCAGGAGGAGCUGAAGGCGCUCAAGGUUCGGGAGGGUGAGGCCGUGGCCUCGGCGCGGGAGCUGAAGCUGCAGCUGCAGGAGCUCUCGGACACCUGGCAGGCCCACCUAUCCCGCGGUGGCCGCUGGAAGGAGUCCCCGCGGAAGCUGGUCCUGGGCGAGCUGCAGGACGAGCUGAUGAGCGUGCGGCUGCGCGAGGCCCAGGCGCUGGCUGAGGGUCGAGAGCUGCGGCAGCGCGUGGUGGAGCUCGAGACGCAGGACCACAUCCACCGCAACCUGCUGAACCGUGUGGAGGCUGAGCGCGCGGCGCUGCAGGAGAAGCUGCAGUACCUGGCGGCGCAGAACAAGGGGCUGCAGACGCAGCUCAGCGAGAGCCGCCGCAAGCAGGCGGAGGCCGAGUGCAAGAGCAAGGAGGAGGUGAUGGCCGUGCGCCUGCGGGAGGCGGACAGCAUGGCGGCGGUGGCCGAGAUGCGGCAGCGCAUCGCGGAGCUGGAGAUCCAGAGAGAGGAGGGCCGCAUCCAGGGCCAGCUGAACCACUCGGACUCGUCGCAGUACAUCCGCGAGCUCAAGGACCAGAUCGAGGAGCUGAAGGCCGAGGUGCGGCUGCUGAAGGGCCCGCCGCCCUUUGAGGACCCGCUGGCCUUCGACGGGCUGGGCCUGGCGCGGCACCUGGACGAGGACUCGCUGCCGUCGUCCGACGAGGAGCUGCUCGGCGUGGGCGUGGGCGCCGCGCUGCAGGACGCGCUCUACCCGCUGUCCCCACGCGACGCGCGCUUCUUCCGCCGGCUGGAGCGGCCGGCCAAGGACAGUGAGGGCAGCUCCGACAGCGAUGCCGACGAGCUGGCCGCGCCCUACAGCCAGGGCCUGGACAACUGAGGCCGUGCCCCGCGUGCUCGGAGCCAGGGGGGACCGCCGCCAGCCCGCUCCUGCGUCGGCGCCAGCUCUUCACAGACUCCAGCCCUCUGCGGUUUCACCCACCCCGAGGGCCAGGCCCAGCGCGCAGCCAGGCAUAGAGGGUAGGGCCGGAGGCUGGGGAUCCUCACAGUGCCCUGGCAGGCCCACCCUCCCCAGCAGUGUUUACCCAUCUUGGUCCGUUCCCCUCUCGGCCCAUUUAUCUGGAAGGUCUGCCCCUCUUAACAGCCAGGGCCAGGAGGACCCAAGGGUCCCAGGACUGCACCAACAGAAGCUCCCCCUCCUAGUCUGCCUCCUCCUGGGACAAGAGCGGCCCUGCCGGGAAGGGCCCAGACUCUGGGGCAGACCUGAGGAGGAAGGUGCCCCUGUAGGCCGGACUUUACCACCCAUGCAGGCCCUGGGGACCCUUGGCCUCUGGAGACAGAUGGCCAGGCGGGGCUUCCCUGCCUGGAGCAGGCAUUGUGGCCCCUGCAACAGAAACCAAAGUCCCCCUACUGAGUGCAGGGCUGCCAGGGUGUGAGUGGCCAGCUGGAACCAGCCAGGGCCUGGGCAGUAUCUGUCACUGCUUGCUGGGGGCCAGAGCAGCUGUAAGGAAGUGGAGAGACCUCCCCCUCCCCAGCACCCCACCUCUUCCUCUGUGGCAGUCCCAUCACCUCAGCUUGGCCAGUGACGGAGGGAGGGGGGCUCCCCGCGCAGGCUAGCCUCCUCUCCAGGGGGUCCCCAGCCUACAAUUCCCUUCCUCCUCUGUAUCCCUAGCCCCACCCUCCAGCCCCAGGGGAGGAGGCCUCCUGGCUGAGUGCCCCCCCCACCACCUGCUCACAGUGGUCCCGUGGUCUCUGCUGAGUCAGAGCCAAGAACGGUGCCAAAGUCCAACGAUGCCCCCAGACUGGACCCCCCGGGACCUCCUGACCCCCGGGCUGACCUUCUCGGUGCUCCUGGAGCCUAGAACAGCAUCACAAACAGUUCCCCUGGCGCUUCCUGGGGUGGGGAUCCAUGCUCAGUCCCCCCUUCCCGGUCGCCCACUCAGUGUUACAAAGCCUGGGGACCAGGGUGGGCAUCCCAGGGGCUCACCCACAUGCCCCCCGCACUGCCCACCACCAUUUUGCACACUGCCUGUUCACACUCCACAUGUCGCCCAGGCGGGAGAGAUGAAAAAUAAAGUGUAUUUACACAGUCA